AAAAUACCCAUUUAAUGGUGAUAUAUAAAGAAAGGUCAUUCGAAUUUUCUGAAUAAGAAUUCAAACGACGCUUUUAUAAUUUAGUCAAAAAUUAGUGUUACUCAGGCAAAUAAAAAAAUGGUGAAACGAACAUUUCUGUCGUUGCUUUUGGUUGGAUUUCUGAUUUCUGAGCUUUUUGUUGCGAAUGUCAGUGCAAAGGAGAAAGGAAAAAAGAAAAAAAAAUCUAUUUUCGAUUUGUGUUCACGUGGUGGUAAAAAUGAAAAAGUAUCGAAGGAUGAAUUAGAUUUAUAUACACCGUUUCCUUCCGAACCCCCACCAAUGUAUGACGCCCCAUUGCCAAUUCUUGAGGCAAAUGCCAAAAGCUACGAUCCUUAUUCGCACGAAAUCAACGCCCAUCAUCCAAAUUCAGUGAAAACUUCUGUUUCGAAGGCAUUUUCUUCUGCUUCUAGUCAUACUGAUUGUGCAUUGCCGCACAUCCCAAACGAAUCAUCGCAUUUCUUAAAAGGUAUGGUGCAAGAAGUUGGAGAUCGCUUAAAUAGCAAUAGAAUGUCAGAGCCACGCGCACAGGCACCACCAAUGGUUCACCAAACACAUUCAAACGAUGCAUCAACGGAACACCAAGCAAUUUCGUAUUCCGAUAGGCAUCAAGACUCUCAUCAUAAUUUGGCACAUAGUUAUGCAACUGAAAAUUAUGAACAUCGCGACAAUUCACUGUCUUAUCAUAACAACGAUGGGUCUUAUGCAGAUCAUGAAUCUUCUACUAUCGUCGGAGGAAGAGAUGCGCCAUAUCAAUCACAUUCAAUUGGACAUCAACCAUCGGCAAAUUCGGACCACCAUUAUGUAAACCAGGAUCCGGAACAAGGAGUCUAUUCACAUCAACGACAAUCGUAUGAAGAUCCUCAAGCCCACUAUGAAGAUCUCUCGAAUUCUCGUCCAUAUGAAGUAAAUGACAGAGUCCAGGAAUAUGAAGACUACUCAAAUCAUCCUUCACACGCACCACCGCCGCCACCAAUGCAUAAAUUGAACAAAUUUUCGCAUCAAAAAGCAUCUUCAACCCCAUUUGAAAAUGUUCACCAUUCAUCACAUACAUCGUCUUUUGCUUCGAUCGAACCAUCAAGUUUAGUAAGAGAAAGAGUUCAAGAAAUUAAUUAUCGUCAAAAUGUCCACGGAUCACCAGCACCAAUGCCAAAUCCACAAUCAGUACAUUCACCACGUUCAAAUUAUAUGCACGAGACAGAUCAAGAUUUGGAGUAUGGCCAAGAAUAUUCAACACAUGGCCAUGAGCACAGUUCAAACUAUCAUCAUGUAUCUCAAUCGCAUUUACCUACCAAAUCAGUUGACGAGGUUCCAUUGACUUUGGUGCAAGGAAGAGUGCAACAACAUGAACGAUUCAUAAAUGAACAGAAACCGCAAAUGCCGGCACUUAAACCAGUGGUAAAACAAGAGCAUAUUCCGGAAUACCGCAACCCAGAACCAGAAAAACUUAGUUUUAAACAGAAGCUUGAACUUUUUGAAAAUAAAUCGAAACCCACCCAAUAUAACUGAGUUGCACAGAGAGCGCAGUUCACACAGCUCAUGCUUGAAUGAAUGAUUUAUAUUUUGAGCCAAUAAAUUAUUAAAGAUUUCCAGAGAUCUGCAAUGACUUGAUCUAUAAACGCAAUAAAAUAUUGAUUAUUUUCGCAUUUUGAA